GGUUCAGAGGUGAAAGUGUGGGUAAUGUAUGGAGGUUCCAGAAACUAGAUUGCGUGGUGGCUAGCUAAGUGAAUCUCAUUUUAAUUAUUCGGCUUUAGACUUUUUUUUAGUAACAGAAUAUGACUUCGAAAAAUGAGGAUGCGUCAAAAUGUGAAUUGUUGAAUUUGAUUUAUCGACAUUUGAAGGACAGCGGUCACAAGAAAGCUGCAAGUGAACUCAAAAAACAUGCUACACAGGUGCAGAGUGGACCGGUAGGAGGAACUACGUCACUAUAUGACAUCUACAACAGCUGGAUCAACUCGCCAGAGAAGAGCAUCAAAGCGGCACCGAAGGCCAAUCAGAAACCUGGGAAGAAGGUUCGUCAAGCGGAUCCAGAGAGCAGCUCGGAGAGCUCAGAGGACGAUUCUGACCCGAAGACGUCCAAACCGGGCACCCAGACCUCCAGCGCCCCUGGUGAGCCUGCGUCUGCCCCAAAGCCUGCUGGUCCCGCUGCAGCUGCUGGGACGGCCGCCAGCAGCUCCGAGACUGAGAGCAGCGACGAGUCGUCCGAGGACGAAGGAGGAGGAGGAGGAGCGUCACGGCAAAAAAAUGAUGUGGGGAAGCCCAAAGCCAGCUCUUUGCCUGCCGCUGUGGUGAAGAGCAAACCAGCAGCAGCGAAGCCUCCGACUGCAGAGAGCUCCAGCGGUGACAGUGACUCAGACAGUGAAAAUGAGAUCCCCCCUACACAGGACACCACCCCAAAACCGAGCAUUAAACCCACAGUGGUGGCACAACAGAAGGCUGGGGGCGGGGCAACCCCUAACCAACCCAAAGCCACGCCCAAAGCCUCAGCCCCAGCAGAGGAAGAGGAGAGCGACAGCUCGGACUCGUCAGGCAGUGAGGAAGAGGCCGCAGCAAAGGCGGUCCCAGCCAAGGCAGCCCCCGCAACCCCAGUGAAGCCCAGCCAGCCCCCCUCCAGCCUGGCUAAAGCUGCAGCCAAGAGCCCUGCUGCAGGCAAGCAGGCCCAGAGCUCGGACAGCGACAGCAGCGAAGACUCGGAGAGCGAAGAGGAGACGCCAGCACAGAAGGCAGUGCCAGCCACUCCAGUAAAAUCAGGAGCUUCAAAGACUCCUAACAAGACCCUGCCUACACCCAAAGCCACACCCAAAGCCUCAGCCCCAGCAGAGGAAGAGGAGAGCGACAGCUCGGACUCGUCAGACAGUGAGGAAGAGGCCGCAGAAAAGGCGGUCCCAGCCAAGGCAGCCCCCGCAACCCCAGUGAAGCCCAGCCAGCCCCCCUCCAGCCUGGCUAAAGCUGCAGCCAAGAGCCCUGCUGCAGGGAAGCAGGCCCAGAGCUCGGACAGCGACAGCAGCGACAGCAGCGACGACUCGGAGAGCGAAGAGGAGACGCCAGCACAGAAGGCAGUGCCAGUCACUCCAGUAAAAUCAGGGGCUUCCAAGACUCCUAACAAGACCCUGCCUACAUCCAAAGCCUCAGCCCCAGCAGAGGAAGAGGAGAGCGACAGCUCGGACUCGUCAGACAGUGAGGAAGAGGCCGCAGCGAAGGCGGUCCCAGCCAAGGCAGCCCCCGCAACCCCAGUGAAGCCCAGCCAGCCCCCCUCCAGCCUGGCUAAAGCUGCAGCCAAGAGCCCUGCUGCAGGCAAGCAGGCCCAGAGCUCGGACAGCGACAGCAGCGACGACUCGGAGAGCGAAGAGGAGACUCCAGCACAGAAGGCAGUGCCAGUCACUCCAGUCAAAUCAGGAGCUUCGAAUACUCCUAACAAGACCCUGCCUACAUCCAAGGCCACACCCAAGGCCUCAGCCCCAGCAGAGGAAGAGGAGAGCGACAGCUCGGACUCGUCAGACAGUGAGGAAGAGGCCGCAGCAAAGGCGGUCCCAGCCAAGGCAGCCCCCGCAACCCCAGUGAAGCCCAGCCAGCCCCCCUCCAGCCUGGCUAAAGCUGCAGCCAAGAGCCCUGCUGCAGGGAAGCAGGCCCAGAGCUCGGACAGCGACAGCAGCGACGACUCGGAGAGCGAAGAGGAGACGCCAGCACAGAAGGCAGUGCCAGUCACUCCAGUGAAAUCAGGGGCUUCAAAGACUCCUAAAAAGGCCCUGCCUACACCCAAAGCCACACCCAAAGCCUCAGCCCCAGCAGAGGAAGAGGAAGAGGAGAGUGACAGCUCUGACUCGUCAGACAGUGAGGAAGAGGCCGCAGCCCCGAAGUCUGCAGUGACUUCCAAGUCCAGCGUGCUGCCAGUCAAGCAGAAGGCCACACCCACAGCCACCCCUAAAGCCCUCGGGCCUUCACGUGAGGAAGAGGACAGCAGCAGCAGCAGCAGCAGUGCGGAUUCCGACAGUGAAGAGGAGACUCCGGAUUCUACAGCACCCCCUAGUGCUUCAGCUGUCCCGCCCACCACUGUGCCAGAGAGCUCGGAUGACACCAGCUCCAGCGAAGAGGAGGCGUCCCAGUCUCUCUUAGCUCCCCGGACCCCCCCAGCCAAGCCCGCGCAGCAGAGCAGGACACCCGCCGAGAAGAAGGGGAGGAAGAAGAAAGCUCCCGCGCCGCCCAAGGAUAAGAACGGAAUUCCCGGAACUCCACUGGCCUCGGGCGGGAUGAGGAACAGCAUUCCCAGCGUUCCCGCCGCGAGCGAAUCGAGCUCAGACAGCACGGACAUCGAGCGGAAUGACCCGAAACGACAGCCCUCUAAAGCUGUGCCCGCUUCCAAGAGAAAGACUGGGUCUGUCAGUGACAGGAGCUCGGCCUCAAAGAAGUCACAGUCGUCUUCAGCAAAACUGCUUCCCCAAGUGGCUGAACUCCUUGCCCUCAAAACGGCACCACAGAAGAGGAAGAGGAGCAAGGAGAAAACGGAGACCCCGUCUGCGAAGAGCAAGAGCAAGAGGAAGAAAGUGGCCCCUGCACUGCCAGAACCCGUAAACAGCAAGAAAAAGAUCCCAGUGCAGUCUCCUUCCACUCCACUAGGGGGAGACUCUGAGUCGGACUCUGACAGCAGUCUGGAUUUGGAGAAGUGGAGGCAGCUAGCACAAAAACUCUCAGAUGCGGACAUCGCAAAGAUGGAGGAGAUUGCCAUCUACACCACACAGGCCCUGCCAGCCGAGUCGCCAAAGGAGAAGGGAAAGGCUAAGGCCAGAACGAAAAAGGAGAAGGCGGUGGAGAACGGGAAGGGCAAGGACACGCCCAAAAAAGCCAGGACAGCAGCCAGCAAGUCAAAGAAGGCCCCACCCACUGCAUCAGACAACCAGCCGUCAUCCAGCACCGACAGCCAAUCAGGAUCCUCGCACAAGAGCGGAGCCCUGGAUGUCCCACCCACCACCAAGAAGGCCAGGUCUGGCAAGCGGUCAGUGUCCACCAUUACCCCCCCCAGCCUGGACAGCCAACAGCCGUCCAAGAAGAGGAGCAAGUCGGAGGCCAAGAGCGCUGUGGAAAAAAGCUCCGCCCUGAAUCUGCCUGGCAACAAAAAGGCUGAAGUGAAGGACAAAGGGAAGAAGAAAAAGGAGAAGAAGGAGAAGAAGGAGAAAAAGAAGAAAUCAAAAGAGAAGGCCGCAGACCCCGUUGUGGCAGCCAUAAACUUGAAAGAGAGCAAAAAAAAAAAACACAAGUUGAAAAAAGAGAAAAAGGCCAAGGAUUCUCCUCUCAAGAAGACCCUGCUCGGCCUGGAUUUAGCAGCUACGGAAGCCUCCCCAAAGAAGAAGCACAAGUCCUCCAAGACGUAGCCCAUUGGCACACACCGGUUCCAUCAGGUGGAAGUCUUACCUGUCUUACCUUGCCCAGGUGAGGAGUGGAGACAUGGCCCCGUGCAACCCGGAGCCCCCAGGGGCUCUUCCAGCCCAGAGGAAUGGGAAGCUUCUUUUUUAACAUUAACAUAAUCAGCAGGUCCUUGUCAAUUGUUUUUCAGUUCAGGAAGGUCAUAUUUUUAUUUUUGAUUUUUUAUAACCAUGGACUUCAUAAUACUGUAUUUCUGUACGUCUGUAUUCUGCAGCUUCAUGUGAUGUUUUAAAUUUUUUUAAUUUAAGUUUUUACUGUACUGGGGAUGAUUCAUUAGUGGUACGAGAUGCCGGAAACCAGGAUUUCAGAGAAACCAGUUUCGCUGCAGUGCUCGUUUUUAAAAAAAAAAAAAGGUUUCUGUUGAAAUCACGGUAUAUGAACUGACGUCCAUUUUGCAUUUUACACGCAAAGCCGUUGGCAGCAUAAAAUGACUUCCUAUGGCUCAAGCUGGGUCUCUGGUGAAGUCAAGGGACUCCCUGUAACACUGGGGACCGGAAUGCAUUUGAAGUGGAGGAGCAGAGAGCUGCACUAAAGAUGAAUAAAAAAAUUACUCGGUGUUCUGGCGCCCAGGAAUAAUGUUUACAAUAUUUCUGUCAAAUAACUGUGGAUAAAACAUUUGUCAAUGUUUGUAUAAGAUAUAUUUUAUUAAAUAAUUUUCCAUGCUUUA